AUGCCUCUAUAUAUUCUUUCAAAAGAACAUGAAUUAAAUGAAAUUAUUUUUGAACAACGUUUAAAUAUUAUUGUAUUUACUGUAUGUUGGUCACUUGGUUCGAAAAUAAUUUUAUCCACUAUAUUUGAUUUAUCAUAUGAGAAAAAUUUAACUCAUAUCAAUUUUUAUCGUAUUGAUAUUGAUGAAAAUAAUCUUGAAUUAAUUCAACGUUUGAAAAUAGUUAGUCGAAUUUUUAAACAAAAUAUUGUUCAUUGUAUAUAA